UGCUAGCCGACUCCAGUAGCCCACAUUCGCAGAGAGUGGUCGGACGUUGUAGGUUCCGGCCGUGUGUCCGCUUGCCCCCCUCCGUGCGCGCAGUCGGCGUAGCCUGGCCGCGGAACAACUUGACUUUGAGCAGCGCUGUACUAGCGUGUUACGUUGCUCCACUUCGCGCUGGGAUUUUACUCACGCUCUGCGCUUUUCUGCCGCAAACCUGGAUUACUAACCAACAGCGGUGUUCAGCAUGCCCAAAGUAUUCUUGGUGCGAAAGCCUCGGAGCCACCGGCGGCGCGCGUUGUCGACUUCGUCUACGGUGACGCCUCCGCCGAGCCCGCAGGAACCGACGCAAGAACCGACGCAGUCACGGACCACCUCGACAUGUCCGCCGUACCAAGGGAACCUCGUCAUCGAUUUGGGAUCACCAGCCUCCAGCUGCGGGCAGCGGAGCAGUCCACCGAUGAGUCACCGCGGCAGUCCGCCCGUGUCUCCACCGACGCCCCCAUCGUCGAGCGAAGGCGACAAGGGCUGCCAGCAGAGCAGCGAUGAACCGUACCUGUCUUCGGAGGAUUCCUCCUCCGAGGUGUCCUCCACGUCCAUCGCGUACACAAACUUCCUGUGUAGAAUGACCAUUCCGCGGCCUCCUCCAACGUCGCACCCCGUGCCGCUGCCGCAGGACCCGCGGCCCAUGCCCCCGUGCCCCUUGCGCGUUCCUGUCAUCCAAUCGCCCAUCUCCCGCUACCCUCCCUCGUCUGCUCGGCCGCUGAUCGUGCCUACUUCCAUGGACAUGCCGCUGGACGCCCGCAUCAACGUGCCCGCCGCCUCGCCCGAGGCGCACCCCCACUACCAGCCGCCCACGUCUCCCGUGGAGCUGACGCGGCGCACUCUGGAAGUCCUGCCUGCAGCCAUUUCCGAGAAGGCGAUGUCCGACGACGAUGCUUCCCCCAGGCCUGCCGGUCAGCUGACGGUCAGGCUAGGCCUUCUGCAGCAGCGGCUAGGCCUGAACGGGGACUUGCCCCUCGAGUUCGUCAAUGGCGGCCACGGCAUCAAAAACCCGCUCGUCAACAAGACCGGCCGACGGAACAGCGGCCAGCAACCGUCAGCGGCAGUCGAGUCGCACGACUCGAGCAGCAACCAGAGCUCUGGGUCAGUGGAGCCCCUCAGUCCUCCUCAGAGGCCGCUGCAGCCGCCUGUGCCGCCACCACCGCAGCCGCAGCAGCGGCCGGUGCAGCAGCAUCAGCAGCCCGCAGCGAGGCCUCAGAUCAGCAAGCUUUCGUGCGAGGAGUGCGGCAAGACUUUCGGCCUGCAGCGGCUUCUUAAUCGCCACCUGAAGUGCCACAGCGACUUCAAGCGCUACCUGUGCACCUUCUGCGGCAAGGGCUUCAACGACACCUUCGACCUCAAGCGCCAUACAAGAACACACACCGGUGUCCGCCCGUACAAGUGCGACAUGUGCGACAAGUCGUUCACACAGCGCUGCUCGCUCGAGUCUCACACGCUCAAGGUGCACGGCAUCCAGCACCAGUACGCCUACAAGGAACGCCGGGCUAAGGUCUACGUCUGCGAAGAGUGCGGCCACACGACGAACGAGCCCGAAGUGCACUUCCUGCACCUCAGGGAUCGUCACCCUUUAAGUCCAGCUCUGCACAAGUUCUACGACAAGAGGCACUUCAAGUUCUCCGACGGCACUUUCCCCAUGAACAUCCUGCGCGUGCCUCAUUCCUAAACUGUCUCUCUCGGGCGGAGAACGUGUCCCGCCUUUUAUAAGGCGUCAGCCACGUGGAGCGCCUUGGCGUACGUCCUCCGUCGGCGAGUGCGCUUCGAGCAUUCGGCGAUAGCGGAACACCGCACGGUGCGCAUUUUAAAGGGACACUGAAGGGCAAGUCAGUUUAGACCACUUAAUUGAACCCUCAAAACUCUUUUAAUUCAUUUUUCAUGCCAUUCACGAAUAUUUUAUUUUAGUUAAGAAAAGAAAGCUCACGUGUUGCUUGAGCCAAAGCAUAUUUUUUUUCUUUAUGAAAUUAGGCGUAAUAAAAGCAGAAAUGUAACUAGAACAUCAAAACCAAGUACCUAAAUAGGUACUGAUAGGCUAGUUGUUAAUCCGUCGUUUUGUUAUGCAGCACACGGAAAAAAAGGAAAA